GCCAUGGAGUCCUGGCCAGACAGGCUUUGUGGCUCUGCCUUCCCAUCCCGUUGAUUCAUCUGUCAUCCUCCAGCUUCAAUUUCUUUUCGAUGUGCUGCAGAAAACACCUUCACUCAAGGUUCUGGAUGUGGAGAUGGGACAGGCUAUGCAGAGAGCCCAAGGGAAUGAUGAAGGCUAGGGGUGCAAGCAGCCGGCAGGGCUGAGAAGCAGACAGUGUUGGAGAACAGCUGCUUCACAUUCCUGGUCCUGGCCUCCCAGGACCCAUCAAGAUUUUUCCCUUCAAGUCCCUUCGGCAGCUGGAGGUAUGGAGGUGUUGGAACAUGGUGGUGCACAAAACCCAACUUGAAGCAGCCAUUUGGGGAUGGGGACAGAAAGAUGACUCUUUUGGUGGGGAAGGAGGCUUGAGUAUGCCACUGUCUGUAGUAAUAUGGUGCGCACUCGCUCUCUGGGGUAAUGCGGUGCACACUCGCUCUCUAUGGUAAUGUAGUGUGCACUGUCUUCCCAUUAGAUGCUUCCCUGAGCCAUGAGCCUCACUUUGCCAUCUUUUCCUUGCUCCCUGCCAGGGGAGAUAGGGCUGAGGUCCUUGUCUUCCAGGAAGCUCUGCUUUCUUCCUUCCCUUUCUUACCUGCACUAGCUCCGAGGUGUCCCUCUUCACUGCCUACAUGGCCUCCGAGGCAUCUACUCCCAGCUGGAGACUCUGAUUUGCAGCAGGAGCAUCCAGGCACUAGAGGUAAGGAGGGUGGGCCCUGAUGCCUUAUCCUAAGAAACACAGGAGACCAAGCUCUAUUGUAUGCCCUCCUGCCCCUGUGACUCCUCAGCUCUUUGUACCUGUUUGUGUAUUUACUGUCACACCUGCCAUACUGUAUUAAAUAUUCUGGUAUCUGCCUUGCUGCUCUCUCCACAGUGCACUCCUUGGGGACAGGGACCUAGGCUUUCUUUAAGGCUGCAUCUCCAGAUGGAGCCUGGUAUAUAAAGGAUGAAUGAAUGACUGGAUGAUAGAGCAUGGCGUGGGGAGGAGGGUGAGAGUGGAGUAAUGAAGUACCUGUCCCCUUCCCAGGAGCUCCUCUCAGUCUGCGGUGGUGACCUCUGUUCUGCCCUCCCCUGGCUGGCUUUGCUUUCUGCCAAUUUUAGUUACAAUGCACUGACUGCCUUAGACAGCUCAUUGCGUCUCUUGUCAGUUCUGCGCUUCUUGAACCUGAGCCAUAAUCAACUUCAGGACUGCAAAGGCUUCCUGAUGGAUUUGUCUGAGCUUUACCAUUUGGACAUCUCCUAUAACCGUCUGCACUUGGUGCCAAGAAUGGGACCUUCGGGGGCUGCUUUGGGGAUCUUGAUAUUGAGAAGCAAUGAGCUUCGGAGCCUGCAAGGUCUAGAACAGUUGAGGAAAUUGCAGCAUCUGGAUGUGGCCUACAACCUGCUGGAAGGACACAAGGAACUGUGGCCGCUGUGGCUGCUGACUGAGCUCCGCAAGCUCUACCUGGAGGGAAAUCCUUUGUGGUUCCACCCUGAGCACCGUGUGGCCACUGCCCAGUACUUGUCACCUCGGGCCAGGGAUGCUGCCCGUGGCUUCCUUCUUGACGGCAAAGUCUUGUCACUGAAGGAACUUCAGACUCCCGCAUCCUCGGGUUCUGGUCCCAUGGUCCCACCUGUGCCCUGGACAGUAGGGAGUACCUCUGAAACCUCAGGUGGACCUGAGCUGAGUGACAGCCUCUCCUCUGGGGGUGUUGUAGCCCAAGCUCCGCUUCGUAAGGUUAAGAGCAGAGUUCGUGUGAGGCGGGCAAGCAUCUCUGAGCCCAGUGAUACAGACCCAGAGCCCCGAACUCUGGAUCCCUCCCCAGCUGAAUGGUUUGUGCAACAACAUCGUGAGCUUGAGCUCCUGAACAGCUUCCGGGAGCGAUUUGGCUGUGAUUGGCUGCAGUAUAGGAACCACCUGGAGACCUCAGGGACCUCCCCUCUGGCCACCUCUAAGAUGCCUGCCCUUAGCAUCCCUCCUCUGGAUGCUGUGGGCCUAAAGAGUCCCCCCAGCCCUCUGGCUCCAGAGAACGAAGCUGGAGGCCCCGAGGAGUCACCACAGAAGGUGUCAGAGGACAGGGGGGACCUGGAGCAUCAGGAAGAACAGGAGAGGGAGGAACAAGAAAAAGAAGAGGAAGCAAAGGAGAGGCAGGAGGAUGAAGAGGAACGGGAGCAGAAGGAAGUGGAAGCGGAGCUGUGUCGGCCCAUGUUGGUGUGUCCCCUGCAGGGGCUUGAGGGCAUGCGAGGCCGAGAAUGCUUUCUCCGGGUCACUUCUACCCACUUGUUUGAGGUGGAGCUCCAAGCAGCUCGAACCCUGGAGCGACUGGAGCUACAGAGUCUGGUGGCCGUUGAGCUAGAGCCUGAGACCCAAACCCAGGGGGAACCAGUACUUGAGAGUUCAGAUCUCCCAGGGGCUCCCAUCCUUGUGCUGCGCUUUUCCUACAUCUGCUCUGACCGGCGGCUGCGUCGCUAUGUGGUGCUGGAGCCUGAUGCCCAUGCAGCCAUCCAGGAGCUACUUGCUGUGCUGACCCCAUUUACCACUGUGGAACAGUGGCACCUUGGGCAGGCCAGGGAGCUGCUGGGGGGCAGAUUCCAGUGUCUGCGUUGUGGCUGUGAGUUCAAACCAGAGGAGCCCAGGUUGGGAUUGGACAGUGAGAAAGGCAAAAUGCCUCUGUUCCAAAUGACAGAAUCUCCUGCUGUGUGCCCAAACUGUGGGAGUGACCAUGUGGUUCUCCUGGCUCUGUCUGGGGAACCCUUCAAUAGGGAGCAGAACCAGGGAGAGCAGUUACAAACUCCCGCCCAGUCCCCCAGCUCUGUCUGUGACUGUCCUGGCCACAGUAACCAGCUCAACAAGGCUGAUAGCAUCCCACCUCAAGUAUCCAUCUCCCAUGGCGACAGCAGUUGGAGCCUCAGUCCCCCCCCUGAGCCCUGUGGCCUCCGCUCUGUGGACCAUCGACUCCGGCUCUUUCUGGAUGUUGAGGUGUUCACUGAUGCCCAGGAAGAGUUCCAGUGCUGCAUCAAAGUGCCAGCAGUGUUGGCAGGCCACACAGGGGAAGUUCUGUGUCUUGUGGUUGUGUCCGAUCACAGCCUUUACCUGUUGAAGGUGAUGGGAGCGAUCUGUGGGCCUCCAGCCAGCUGGCUCCAGCCCACCCUAGCCAUUCCCCUGCAGGAUCUGAGUGUCAUGGAGCUUGGCCUGGCAGGCCAAAGCCUGAGAUUGGAGUGGGCAGCUGGUGUGGGUAGCUGUGUACUGUUGCCCCGAGAUGCCAGGCGGUGUCGGGCUUUCCUUGAGGAGCUUGUUGGUGUCUUGCAAUCUCUGCCCCCAACCCGGAAGAACUGCAUCCGUACCACGGAGGAGGAGGUGACCUCGCAGCAUCGGCUCUGGCCAUUGCUGGAAAAAGAUACUUCCUCGGAACCUCCCCAGUUCUUCUACCUUCGGGUGUUUCUUGUCGAAGGCGCCUCUACCUGCCCCAUAUCCUUGUUGCUGACUCUAUCCACACUGUACCUGUUAGAUGAGGAUCUUGCAGGGUCCCAGGCAGAGCCCCUGCUCCUGGAAGCAUCUGGCAGAACCUCUGAGCAGGCUUCUCUUCUGGGGCCAAGGCCUUCCUUGCGAGUCAGGGAGCAGCAGCCACUCAGCAGUCUGAGCUCGGUGCUGCUCUAUCGCACAGCCCCUGAGGACCUGAGGCUGGUCUUCUAUGACGAGGUAUCUCGGCUGGAGAGUUUCUGGGCACUCCGCGUUGUAUGCGGAGAGCAGCUGACAGCCCUGCUGGCCUGGAUCCAGGUGCCCUGGGAGGAGUUAUUUUCCAUUGAACUCCGGAUUAUCACCCAGGAGGCUCUAGACUUUGACUGAUGAGACUUCCAUGCUGACCCCAGCCCUGACUCAGGAACCAUACUGCAGAUGCUCUCUCUCCCUCUAGGUCUGGCUUUCAGACUGACUGUAGACUUUUCCAGUCUUUGGUCACCGGCUAAUGAGGCCCCAAGUGACCUACAGCCUAAAGGAAGGGUGACUGUUCAGGCCCCUGGAUGAUCUGGCCGAAGAGGAUAGGCUAAGUCAGUGAGAAUUUUUUCUUUGAACUUUUUCUC